AUGGAGCAGGAGCCGUACAAUCACGGGUACUAUGGCCAUCCUGUCCCUUCUGCUGCCACCACAGUCAAUCCUACACCAAUCCGACCCGGAACACCAAACACAGACGGCAGUCGCAAUCCAUUCGGUGAGAACGACGGUGCUUCCUCACAUCGGCCUGGCAGAAACACGAACCCAUUUUCCAGUCCCAAUGGCUCAAGACCCGCUUCAAGCUUUGGCUCAUCCAGCGCUUUGGGACCUCGAUAUGAUGUCAACGCCCAGCGCUACUUUCAUUCUCGGCGCGUGAUGAAGGGUGAAGUAGAGAAACCCUGGUUGGAGAAGAAGGAUCCCAAAGAGAAAUGGGUCACUAUUAUGCCUAUCAUUGGCAUUUUCAUCGGCCUGGCCAUUUCUGGAUUUCUGGUGUGGGACGGCAUUCGCAAUGUUGUGCAUCACAAAUAUUGCAAUGUCCUGGAUGACAACUUUGACGGCGGCUUUAACACCAAUAUUUGGACCAAAGAAGUCCAGGUUGGAGGCUUUGGCAACGGCGAGUUCGAGGAGACAACUGCCGGCGACGAAAAUGUUUUCAUCCAAAAUGGCAACCUUGUCAUCAAAGCCACUCUCCAAGAUGCUGAGAAAGUUGAAAAAGACUACACCAUUAACCUGCUCAAGGACGGAACUUGCACCUCCAAAGAUUGGUAUAGCUGCGUAGCUGCCACCAACUUGACUGCCGGUAACUCGAGUAUCGUACCGCCGACCAAGUCUGGUCGUAUCAACACCAUGAAGGGCGCCAAAAUUAAGUACGGCCGUGUCGAGGUGACGGCCAAGCUUCCUGAAGGUGACUGGCUCUGGCCUGCCAUUUGGAUGAUGCCUGUCAAGGACACCUACGGCCCUUGGCCCGCGUCCGGAGAAAUUGACAUCAUGGAGUCUCGUGGCAACAACUGGACAUACGCCCAAGGCGGCAAUAACAUCAUGUCAUCGGCUCUCCACUGGGGUCCGGACCCCGCCAACGAUGCUUGGUGGAAAACAAACCACAAGCGGCAGGCGCUUCACACCACGUACAGCAGCGGGUUCAACACUUAUGGCCUUGAAUGGUCCCAAAAAUAUCUCUUCACCUACGUCAAUAGUCGUCUGCUCCAGGUUCUUUACACCAACUUUGACAAGCCUAUGUGGCAGCGUGGCGGUUUCCCUGAUGCGACUUCAAACGGGACCAAAUUGCAGAACAGCUGGGCGCAGACUGGGCGCAAGAACACACCUUUUGACCAAGAGUUCUAUCUCAUCAUCAACCUUGCUGUUGGUGGCACAAAUGGCUGGUUUGAAGAUGGAAAAUCUAAUAAGCCGUGGCUUGAUCGAUCACCCAAUGCACGAAAGGACUUCUGGGCUGAUAGAGAGAACUGGCAGGCAACCUGGAAGCAGCCUCAGCUUGAAGUCAGCCGUGUGUUGAUGCUUCAACAGUGCGACGGCGAUGAGGGAUUGUAG